AUGAAGUUUAUUGUCACUAGUCGGCCAUAUGAUCAUAUCCUAGAAGAUUUUCAAGCAAGCCAGGGCAAAUUCUUAUAUCCCUGCCUAAAAGGUGAAGAAGAAAACGAUGCGAUACGCAAGGAAAUCGAUCUUGUGGUGAAGAUGCGAGUUGAGGAGUUAGCUGAAAUUGCGAAACUAUCAUCAGAUAUACAGCAGCGACUCGAGUAG